AUGUUGGCGCAUUCACAACCCCAAGCGUUGACCUAUACGCGACCUGCUCCAGCCUUUUACCCAGCCUCACCACCAUGUUAUCACCUACCAGAAGCACGUUCGUGUGUUCACUUGCAUAGAGACCAUGCCACAUCCAAAGCAGCCAAAUGCCCUACACCCACUGCGACAACAAAUUUGUCCAUGAAUAAAAAGUCUAACCGAGGACCAAACUUGAAGCUGGCAAGUAACCAGAGCAGGAGAACUAGAGAUCAUCCGCAUAAUGGAUAUAACUUGAGGGCCUAUUCUCAUGAUAGCCUACCACCAAACUUUGCUACUCUCAUAGCCAUAACGUCAAUACCGCCACUCAAAAAGCCCAGGCCGCGUGGUCGGGCCAGACCUCAGCAGACGGUAGGCAUAGAGUCAGAUUUCGACCAAGCGGGAGUUUCGGAGAAAAUAUAUGACUACGCUCCACUAAGAAAGGACCAUCUGGAGAUUCUCCUUCGUUCCCCCGAUAGUGAUUUUAAUUUAAACAGAGAUUAUGGCAUCGAGCCAGUCCCUUCACUUUCUUCUUCUCUUUCAUCACAAGACAGCACAACUCCCGCCAAUCUAAACGCAGACGAAUUAUCAAAGGAUUCUAGCGCAAUCACAGAAUACAAGUCAAGACUCCACCGAGGAUCACCACGUUUGAAACCACAGAGUUGCCUUUUCGAAUACUGUCUUCCAACUCAUCACCCACUAGCGGAGCUCGAGAACGAUGCGAAGACUGUCACUGAACCGAAUAGUAAAUCUCAAGAUACAACCCAGAGUGAUUCGCCUGUACAGAAUGGUCCCAAGACAAAAUUGACUCUCUAUGCCCCAUUUCGGGCAAUGAAAGCUGCCACUAGGAAGUUGACUUCAAUCUCUAGCCACUCUAGCACGUCAAGAGAACUUCAGAAAAAGCCAUCUCUUCGUCACCCUUACACAACCGCCCUCAUGGCUGAGAAUAUCUUGAAGAGCUUGGAAGACACAUCAACCCAAACGUUUAGUAAAUACUCGAAUCCAUUUUGCCAUGAUCCACUGGAGGAAUAUUUUUCCAUGUCCCUGAACCGUAAAACUGUCAAGAGACUUUGUAUCUCCUCUAUCCAGCUUCAAACCUAUCACAACUCCCGCUCUCCCAGGCGAAUGGCACAGCAUAAAUCUAGUCAACGUACCAAGACCAAGGCUGGUAUAAAUACCUCAAGCUCUGAGCCUUUUGUACGUCCAAGGGAGAUGCGAGAAAAUGGCGAUUUUAUGAGGGUAGCUGUGAUGGAAAUGCUGAUGAGAAAACGGGGCAAGCUGGACCGACAGAGUCCUGGACGCGCUAGAAUGGCCUUGCCCCCGAGGAAAGUUUCCACUGAGCCGUAUGAGAUCUCGUCGGAGGGGAUACCGGUUAGAUGGCUUCCGAUUUCAUGUUAG